GGAGUAAAAAUGUUUGGAUUAAAAUUUUAGUAACAUUUUUAGUGGCAUGUAGUGAUGGCUGGACUAAUGUAAUUUUUAAAGCUGUUUAGUUAUAAAUUUUAUUUAAAACGCUUAUGUAAAAAGAGUGUAAAUUUUCGCGUAACGAAAUGGUGGGUAUAGGUUUAUUUUUAGCAAGAUAUCAUGCUGAUUUUUUCUUCUAACUUUUACUUUGUACCCAACAUCUUUUUGGUUACCAGCGGCCACAGAUAUCACAGACUGAUUAAAUCGUAUCAGUGAUUGAUAGUAUUUUUAUGAUAAAGAGUUUUAAAAAAAUGUAAAUAUUCAGAAAAAUGCUUUAUAUGUUACUGUUGCCAAGCGCAAUCUCUCAUUUGAACGAAUUCGCUCAAGACCAUUAAUUAUUUUUGUGAAAGUAUGGAACUUCUAAUAAGGAUGAAUUUAAAAUUAUUUUUACUGGUUUCUAUGUUAUGUAUGGCUUUAUCAGAGUCACGAAAAGACUCAGUUCUGCCUACGAAGCUAGGUCAGUUUUCAGUGCCUUUUGCAGCAUUUGUUCAGGUCUUCAAAAGUGGAAACCAAAACAACUUAUUUGUUUCUACAUUCGAAGCAUAUGCCUUCAACCAACCAGACCACAUCUAUUAUUUCAAAAAUCCUGGAAGAUACUUAGGAUCUGUCAAUUCAUGGAGAAUGACAUCAGUAGACAGCAUAAAUAAUUACUGGCCAAACGAUGUCAUCUACACUCCAAAAUCGGUUGUUGGCAGAGAGGGCAUUAUCUGGACUUCUGGAUUUCUAGUUCCCACCAAAACUCAUGGGAAAUUAAACAUUUAUUUCACAGACGUGGAGCCAUUUGAAGGACCUUACAACAUUGCUUCAAAUGACGCCCAGGACUGGUCGUACCACCGCGUCAUCUGGGCAGACGUCAACCACGACGGCUCCCUGGACGCUGUGGCCGCGAGGUUCGAUGCGCCCUUCGACGGCUCCCCGCGCCAGAAGCAGCUCCUGUGGCUGGAGAACCCUGGGAAUGGCUUCCUGGAAGGCUGGAGACAGCACGUCGUGGCCGAGAACGCGUCUGACGUCCACUUCCAGCUGACUCACCUGACCACUCCCGACGGCGUCAGACACCAGGUGCUCAUCAGUGCGGAGUUCUUCAACGAGAGACUGACCCUGCGCUACAGCGAGCAGGGCAACUUCUGGACCGACAACCGCCUGGUGAAAACUAUAGUAAUUGACGACACUCCAGGCCAGACGUUUGACGUGUAUCUCAUGGACCUCAACCGAGACGGGAAAGAAGAGAUCGUACUCACCGCUUACAACAAGACCCAUGGGAAUGUUUUUGUUUAUGAUAUCCCUCAAGACUUCAGGUCGCAGCGGUUCCCCCGGAGGACCAUCGCCUCGGGCUUCGUGGCCAACGACCUGCACGGCGCCGCCGCCAUGACGCCGGGCUGCGCCAAGCUGUUCUACAAGUCCCGCGAGCAUGAGCGCUCGGGGGACAAGCCGUACCUAUUCCUGUCUGGAGACGACGACGGCAAGCACUACAUCCUAGUUCCGAACAGCGAGGACAAGCACAACUGGCAGUACACAACGCAUCUGCUGGAGAAUACAUUCGGAAACACAGCUGGGGCUGGCACAGCUGUUGACCUGGAUGGUGAUGGCUACACGGAGAUAGUGUCUGCAGGCUACACAGCUGGACAAGUAUACGUGUACUCAUAUGAUCCGUGGUGGUGACUUGCUGCUCAAGACUGCCUCGCAUUGAGUGCCGCAUUUUAGUAUAAUACUUUUGAAUGUAUGUGUAGCUUGAUUAAAUACAUUUUCUGUUUUACUUACUGUAAAAA